UGCCGCGUUUGGGUCGGAGCGGACAGCCCGUCUUCGUCACCGUGCACGACGACGAGCAUGGAGCCCGGUAGCCUGCGGUGAUACUACUACACGGUAGAAGUGACAAACGCGUCGUUCGGCUCGGGGGCGGGUGGGGGAGCUGUCACUGGCACUGCGACCGCAGUGUGACCGAGCGGGUUUUGCGCAAAACAUUCAUGUGCAGCCCGCAUCGGAAGACUGAAUCGACCUGCGGCCAGCUGCUCGGAAUAAGGGUCUCUGUUUGCGCCCCAGACACGGCGUUUCCAUGGAGACAGUUUCAUCCCUCAGCCUCAAACGACGAUAUGAAGAGGUGGACAACAGCUCUCCAUUCUCGACGCAGAAGGAUUCUGAUGAUGACAUCUCCAGCAGUGACAGUGCUGACAGUUGUGACAGCCUCAACGGCCCGUCCAGCACUUCAUUUACCCCCACCUCCAUCCUCAGACAGCAGAAGCCAUCACUGGGAGGGAAGCGUGUACGUUUCGAUGUGGUAACAGUGUAUACUUUCCCUCGGCGGCAGGGCUUCACCAGCGUUCGCCAAGGUGGCAGCUCCCUGGGCAUGGCCCGUCACCACUCCUCCAUCAGACACUACACUCUGGGAGAGUUUGCCCGCGAGCAGGAAACCAGCCAUCGGCACACGUUACGUAUGCAUUUGAGGCAAGAGAAGCUCAAUGCACGUAAAAUGAAGCUGACACGUAAUGGGACUGUGGAGUGCGCUCAGGCUGACCUGCUGACUCUGGAGGAUGUGUCAGAUGAGGACCUCGAUGUAGAAGGGGUGGAGGUAGAUGACUGUUUUUUUCUUCAGCCGCUGCCCACCAAGCGUCGUCGCGCCCUCCUCCGAGCCUCUGGCAUCGCCCGCAUAGAUGCUCGGGAGAAAACCGAGCUUCGGGCCAUCCGUCUCUCACGUGAGGAAUGUGGCUGCGACUGCCGCUUGUUCUGCGACCCUCGUCACUGCGGCUGUAGCCAGGCUGGCAUUAAGUGCCAGGUGGAUCGAAUGUCAUUUCCAUGUGGCUGUUCCAGGGAUGGUUGUGGCAAUGUAGCAGGCCGCAUCGAGUUCAACCCACUACGUGUGCGAACUCACUACCUGCACACCAUCAUGAAACUGGACCUGGAGAAGAGGCGGACGCUGGUGCAAGGCCCUGGAAACCAGUUUUGUGAACCUGAUCCAACAUACUCCCCCUCUUCCACUUGUCCCACGUCCCCUGAUUUAUCCUCAGUAGCUGGACUUGACCCUGAGCUGGAGGAGAGUGAGGUGGAGACCAUCGUAGAGGUUCAGGACCUUCUGGCAGAACAAGACAUUCUAGAGCGAGAGAAUGAGACCGCUGUGUUACACUUGCAGAGUGCGGAGGAGCAGGAGAGGAGGGAGAGGGAAGAGGCUGAGGGGGAGUUGGUGCAGCAGGAGUUAGCCAGCAGGAGUCUCACAGGACAACCUCUGUGCCUCCUGCCAGAGCAGACUGAAGAGCGGGGAGUGGAGCAGGUCCUCCUGCAGGGGCCUUUCCCCACAGGGACCACAGUGCUCUGCAUCACUGACAACCAGGAGGAGAGCCCCUCUGACCUCCUCAAAGACUCCUCUUCUCUGCUCUACUACCAGCUCAGCCCUGUCGAGACCGGUGCCUUCGAGACCCUGCCCAAAACAGUGGAAGCUGAUCAGGAGGCAUAUGUUGUGAAGGAACAAGCUGUAGGAGGAGGCGAGGAUGCAGAAAGGAAACAAGGAGGAGAGGAUAAGCAUGAAGAUAUCACCUGCAGGGGGAGUUUAGUCCAAUCUCCACUUCUGUGUGAAGAAGAACAUGAGGAACAGAAGGAGGAGAGCAGCCAACACAACCUCCCUGAAGAAGAGCGCAAAGAGGAGCCAUGCACAGCUCCUCUGCCUCCUGACAUUUAGCACUACCUACUCUGCAGAUGUUUUGCACAAUGCCUUCAUCUAAGAUGAAUAAAUCACACAUUUCACAUUUCUUACUGUUAUAAUGGAGAAAGAUUAUUUUGUAGCAGUGACUCAUUGAGUUAUGAGGAGAACACGAUUGGCAUAUUCAAAUACAUGAGGGAGGGGGCGCUCCAAACACACGCACAAACCUCCCAUGAAAUAACAUGGAUGCAGCUGCAAGACAAUAUUGUACUCUGUUGUUUGUGAAGGAUUCAGGUUUUAAUGGGUGGGGGACUACGUCAUUUAUUGAUGAAAACUUACCGCAAGCGGAACUUCGUUGCCAGUGCAACGAACCGAAAACACUUAUUCACAAUGCUGACAUUGGCCUUUUGUUUGGUGAUGUGUAAAGCUAUCAACACUAAACUGAAAUUGUUGUGCGGUGCGCAUAAAGCCGGUGACAGUAGCUACUUACCAGCCCACUCUCCAUAACAGCAAACUGUGCUGUCGUUUUUCAAGCCAAAUCACGGCUGCUGGCAGAAACCCUUUGCUGAAAACUAAACUAAUAAUCCUGGAAAUACUUGUUUUUGUGUGUACUGUAUAUGUUUGUGCAGGUAGCUCCAAGGUUGCUGCUUCUUUUUUUUUUAACUGUGUGCACAUUGUGAACCAAGGCUAGUGAGUGCUGUGGUUGUUGUGAAGGCGUAGUACUGUGCAAAACAUUUUAGAUGCUCCAAAA